UUUGCUGUCCAGAAACAAGGCCAAUAUUUGUUAUUGAAAUCUCUCAAACUUAUAACGCCAACAUUACUAAAUCAGUACAGUAAAGCACAUCAAAAUUUUACAUAAGAAACGCCACAGAAGGCCUGUUUUGUUCAGCAUAACCUCUCUGUAAGGAAAUCAAGGUGAGGGUUGUUCUACUUUCACUUUGGAUUGCAUGUACACUGUACUGUAUACAUGUACACGAUGGACAUUUACAUUGUAAAUAUAAGUCUUUAAUACAGAUAACUAAAACAACAAAAUAGAAUAACUUAUCUGUCUCAUCUUUCAACACGAACCUUCCAAAAUGACUGAGGCUCGUGAAAACUUGCGCGCAAUCACGUAUCUGAGUCCGAGCCUUCCGGUUGAGUUGUUUGAGACCAUUCUAGAAUACCUGGAGGAGGUGACAGGGAGGGAUGGGUACCUGACGUAUGAGUCACGCUGGUCAGGGCCUCCCAAAGACAGGGUUGACCCGUUCACCAGCAACCUCGCUGAUAUUGGAUUCAUGUCGAGCACUGACUUCCUGCGUAUGGCCAAAGAUGGGAACAAGAGUGUAGUGUUGUGUGGUGCAGGAGCGGUGUUUAACCACAAGAAAAACACAGGCCGGCCUGUCUACUACUCCGAUGUUAUUAUCAAUGCCAGAAACAAGUCGAAGUACAAGGAACUGCACGAUCUUCGUGGCCACAUUCUCGGGUUUACAGACAAGAGCUCGCUGUCGUCUUGUGUGUCUGUCCUCGACUAUCUCAAGAAACAGGGCGCUGAUGCAUCCUUCUUCAGCGACACUUACUUGUCUGGAUCUCAUAUAGGAUUGAUCAAGAGUGUGCUGGAUGGUCGUGUGGAUGUAGCAGCCGUCGACUCUAACGCUCUCCAUGGAUUUCUUACUCAACACCCAAACCACGUGGACGAUGUUCAUGUCAUAAACUCCUUCGGACCUCUACCAACAUAUCCUAUUGUAUUAAGCGCCAAAAUGUCUGAGGAUCUUCAAGCUAAGAUCACAAAGGCGCUGUUGGAUGUUUCAAAGAACACAACAUGGAGCAGACGUCUUGCACAGUACAACGUCACUGGCUUCGUACAGACAGACAGUUCACUUUACGAUUUAGAGACCGACCUUGUUACAGGAAUCGGCAAACUAACCAUGUCUUCAACUUAUUAUUGAUUGUGUAGUUAUGUUAUUGCCAUGAAAUUUUUAAGCAACACCAAGUACACAUGUAGCUUGAAUUUGCUUAUGAUCUGAAAAUAAAGACAAUCGAUAUUUUAUUAAUCUCUCAGCUUAUCUAGGUAAUUUUCUAUUUUAUUGAACAUCUAGUUCUAUAGAAUUUUCUACUAAUGUGUUAUUUUUCUUAGUUACUGACAGAUAGCACACCACUUGAAUGAAGAAAAGUUAAAGGAAUUAUUUUACUAUUAUUUUUGUAUCCUUAUUGUUACGGGAUAAAUUUGGUUGUGAAAUGUCAUCCGUUACCUAUCAGAACUAUUGAUUUCUUUAACAAAAUAAGGUAGUAAAAACAUACAAAAUGGGCAUUAUACAGUUUGUUUUAUACUCCUAAAAGAAGGCAUUUAGUUUUCUGUCGUUUUGUCCGUCAGUUAUUGUAUCAAGUCGCAGCUGCAACUUUUAUUCGAUUUACUAUCCCUUUUCACACAAAUUUACAGCAGCAUAUUUGGAAGGUAUUUCACACAUAGGAUUUGUGCUUUGCCUUCAAAAUCAAGGUCUGUCUUUGGUCAGUUGGCCAUUACUCUGACAAGGAAACUUUGGGGGCAUUCGUUACUUUCCUAUGAUAGCUCUUGUUAAUAUAAAUCAUUAAACAUUCCUUUAUAAUUGUUAAAUUUACCUCAUUUGUCUGUCUUUUGAAGACUUCCUUGUUCCCCUAUUCCACCCUGCUAAAGCUUUAAAUGGAGUUAUAUCAUUGUCAGCCUUGAUCAACUGUGAACGGGAGAAAAGUGUUUGGACGAACAUUCAUUGCUCUAGAUUUCUUUUCCAUUGUGUGUUUUUCUUUGUAGACCUUAUUUUGAAUUUUAAACAAAAGUUGUACAAGGCGUAAAAAAAUGUUUGUUUCUGGUUUCCUGACUAAACCUUUUUUUUUUUUACCCGGCCCAAGAAUAAUUUUUUUCAUUCGUUUGAUAUUUUUCUUUUAAAAUCUAAAAAUUAAGUGUUUUUGCUUUCAACAAUACCAGUGAUACUAAUACUUAUUGUAUAGAUGUUUUUAAGCAGCUAGUUAUUGGUAACUGACAAAUCUCGAGAAACAAUUUUGCCUAAUCAAAAAAAAAAGAAAAAACGACCCCUAUCUUUUUUAGCAUGAACUGGAAACAAACAUAUUAUUUAUUUACGCCUUGGUAAUUGGGCAUAUUUCCUUACCUCAGUAAGCUUGUCAUGUAUGUUAUAAGAAUAUUUUAAGUAAUCAAAAUAGGCAUGGUUUGACACUCUGUAUGGGGACUCCAAGGUUUUUGAGUAACGGGUAUUUAAGGGCUUCUCGGCCAUAGACGCCACUGACAAUAUAGGGUUAUUAAAGAAUUAUGUAAUUGUAACAUACACAUUCAUUGAAAGAAAAGUUGUCUCCCCUGCAUCAUGCAUAUUCAUUUGAUUUUGUCAGUCAAUUGUCACACUAAUUUAAGAAAUAUAACAGAAUUAAGUACCGUGCUUGCCGAUCAUGCAGUAGUGCCUAACAUUUGUUAGAUGGGUUUUUGGUGCAUGUUAUUGAUGUAGUGUUUGUUGUUGUCUGUUUUUGAUGUGCCGAGUAAGUCAUAUAUAUAUGUUAUGUUUAUACACAAGGUAAAUUUUCUCAGUUGGGUCAGAACGCACCGAUUUAUUUUCGAUCAGCAAGAAGAAUAUUAUCAUUUUUUUAUAUUCCAUCACUUUCGUGAUCCUUAAUAAGAGUUAUAAUGAAAAACUCGGAAUUUACUUCAUUUGCGUCUAUUAUCAAUAAUAACAACAACUGGCGCAAGAUAUAUAUCACUUUAUAAAUAAAGUAUUCGAAAAAUAUAUUUAAAAAUGAAUACAUAAUGACAGGCAAACAUAUAGACAAUCAUACAAUAAAUAUAGGCAAACUUUGAAUUUAUUUAUAUAUUAACAAUGUUAUUGAAUUUGCCACUAAUAUGUAUGAUGUUUUUAUCAGAUAAAGGUUGAACACCGAAAAGUUAAGAUAUAGAAGUUUAAAAAAAAAAAAUACCCUGUGUUUGUGUGAUUUUCAUAUAUUUAAAGUUGUGUAUUAAUUAAACGGAAGUUAUCAUGUAUGUCGGUGCAUGCUAUUUUUAUAAUUAUAUAUAUUAUGAAUUUGAUACACAUACAUUAUACAGUUGUUAACCAUUAAACUUAUUUACUGAACUUCUGCAAGAAAUGUACUUUCUCGAUAAUUGGGCCAGUAUUUGUUAGGGCAACAAUGAUAAUAAACAAUGUAUUUUAAUAGAAAUAUAUCCCUUUUUUCUGCAUAAAACUUAUUACAACAUUUUGCGUAAAUAACUAAACUAUAUGGUAUAAUUUGAAUAUUUGUGGAAAAAUGCCAAAUCAGUUUUGUCGACUUGUUUAUUACAGAGAUAAUUAUUGGAAUUUUUGUGGAUUUGUUUAUCAAAGAGAUAUUAUUAGAAGUUUUGUUAAGUUGCAAAAAGCAUAUCUUUGUUAUUUUUGAGGUGUAAUCAAUUAAUUGAAUGUACCGGGUAGGUGUGAAAUGUGGCUAUUAACUAUUGUUAUCCAAAUAUAUUGAUCAAAUAAAUUUUAACUUAAAACUGUCUUUGUCUAUCAUAUG